AUGGUUGCACUGAUUACGGAGUUUGAUGAGGCACUGGCGAUGGACUUCGCUUCGGUGGGAGAACUCAUCGUUCGUGUAAAGAAGACCCGAAACCGCAUUAAUCGGCAGUCACGGGAGAACCUGAAAGGUGUGACGAUGAUACUCAAUCAGUAUGCGGUCGUGAAGGUCCUGUCACUGUUCUUAACCCAAUACUGGGGGAACCGUGUGGAUCACAGCAACGAGGGGUUUCACCUGGAUAAGGUCGAAGCGUUGCUACGCAGUGUUUUCAUGGAUAAGAGCCGGGGCCAAAUUGACGCUAUGCAAGCCCAGACGGUUCCAGUAAACUAUGCGGCAUCCAACAAGCCGUUGGGCAAGCGCAAGGCGCGAGUAGACGAGCUCAAGAAGAAGAAAGGGGGCAAGUGCUACUACUGUGAUGGUCGGGCCGACUGUCCCAAAAGGGCAAAUGAUCGAGGCCAAGGAUUGAUGCGCAACUCGAUCUUUGUGAAAGGCAAGAGAGUCGAUGUCCCAUCCAACUCAGUGGGAGUCGCUCAUGUGAAGGGGGACAAGAAAUGCAAAAAGAAGGCUAAGGCUAAGCGAGAAGAGAUCCCAGCCGAUGUGGCCUUACUUCAGCCGAUCAGUAAGCUGAAAAUUGUCGCGACGAUGUACGCCACACAAUCAAACGGCGGCUCGGCACUGGCGGCAGAACAAGCCAAACUGGAUACGGAUGAGCUGAUGACAUCACCUCCGGUAUCCCCCACUCCGCCAUCAUCAUUGUCGUCAAGCGGCAUGAACGAUGAUGAGGAUGACUACGAGGAUUUUGUGCAGGGAAGUGUCCCUGCGCAUACUGCAAAUAUGACGGAAGCUUCUGGGGACAUCAAAGAGGCCUCGAGGGCUAUCGAAAACACGACUCAGGUUGUGGCUACGGUCUAA